CAUCUCAGCUGUUGACAAUUACCCAAUGUUGCGUCACCGAUGUGUUGGUAUAUUUACAGUUGAGUGCAACAGGUAAAUUAAUUUAUGGGACUUCUGCGGAAAAUAGGGUAUAUACUGCAAUAUUGGAUACCAGACGCGAGAGUCGUGCUGCUGUGGUAACACCGGUAAACCCGUACCACGCGACCGUGCCAAGGCAGUGUCGGAGGAGUGACGACGCUGUGCGCGUGGAGGAGGUAUACGAGUAUAGGACGUGGACGCCGAGUGCCAACGUUACCAACUUGGGAAGGUGAAUUCAAGUUUGUGCGACUUCCCUUUCGAUUAUUUGAUUCAGUGUUGUGCAGUUUUGUUCUAGAGUAGUAGUUCACCGCUCCUGUUAUCGCCAAACGACUAUAAUUGUUACAAUGUCAAUUUCAACUUUAUAACCUUAAUUGCUGGAGUUAACCUCAAUAUAGUAGUGCUUUACUAGCAAAUUCUGGUGGAAAUUGUCGAUAUUUGAACAGAAUGAUGCCUUCAUUUACUUUAAUUGAGGGGGUGAAGGAGCAAAACUUUAUUAAGAAACACAUGUCUUUUUACUGAAUAUCACAAUGUCAGUACAAGGAUUAUACCUCAACCAGUCAAAUGCAUCUGUAUUCAUGGCAGUUCUUUCGGAUUUGUCAAAAUGCCUGGGAAGUCAUCUGGUGGAUCUGGUCGUCACCAGCAUGUGAAACGCCGCAAAGGACGCAAAAUGAAGGCUCAUAAAGAAACUAGUGGAGAAGCUGAUGGGAACGAAGUGUUCCCUGAAGCUGAAGGGGAAACCCAUCAGCUUCUUGAUGUUAUGCAAGUGAAGUCUACAGGCCAUGUUACUCGCCCUCCAAGUGAUGUUACAGAAAAUGUGUGGUCUAUCUCAGUGCAAGUGUUUAUACCUUUUUUGGUUGCUGGUUUUGGAAUGGUUGGGGCUGGACUUGUUCUUGAUACAGUGCAGCAUUGGAAAGUUUUUAAAGUGGUAUCAGAAGUAUUUAUUCUUGUUCCUGCGUUAUUGGGAUUAAAAGGCAAUUUGGAAAUGACUUUAGCCUCUCGCCUUUCAACACAAGCCAACUUGGGAUACAUGGAUAGUCCAAAAGAGCAAUGGAGCAUUAUUAUAGGCAAUCUGGCUCUAAUUCAGUGCCAAGCUACUGUGGUAGGCUUCCUUGCCUCAUUGGCGGCAGUCAUUAUGGGUUGGGUACCUGAAGGAAAAUUUGAUAUAGCACAUGGGUUGCUGUUGUGUGCUAGUAGCAUGGUCACAGCUACACUUGCAAGUUUAGUACUAGGUCUUGUGAUGGUAGCUGUAAUCGUCAUAUCCCGUCAUUGCAACAUUAACCCUGAUAAUGUUGCUACACCUAUUGCUGCAAGCUUGGGUGAUCUUAUCACACUUGCUCUUCUUUCAUGGAUUGCAUCUUUGUUAUUUGAUAAAAUAAAUUCUCAAGAAUGGGUUGCUCCCUUGUUGAUUCUAAUCUUUAUUGGCCUCACACCCUUGUGGGCAUGGGUUGCUUCAAAAAAUAAAUAUACCAAAGAAGUUUUGACUUCAGGGUGGACACCCGUUAUUUCAGCAAUGUUGAUAAGCAGUAUUGGUGGUUUGAUUCUUGACUUCACAGUUGAGAACUUCAAGGGAAUUGCAGUGUUCCAGCCAGUAAUCAAUGGUGUCGGUGGCAAUCUUGUUGCUGUUCAGGCGAGCCGCAUUUCGACAUCUCUUCAUCGGGAUUCAAGACUAGGCAAAUUACCUAAUUAUGCCAAAACAGUCUGCAUCAAUCCAAUUAGUGCAUUUUGUGUUAAAGGUGGACAUGCACGAACAGCUCGAGUCCUAUUGUUAAUGGUUAUCCCGGGUCACCUUAUCUUCUCAUAUACCAUCAGUUACCUUCAAGCUGGCCAUACAUCAUUAACACCUGUGUUUGUGGCAGUUUAUUUAUUUGCUGCCCUUUUACAGGUAAUUUUAUUACUGUAUAUAUGCCAUGUAAUGGUGCACUGGAUGUGGACAAAACGAAUAGAUCCAGAUAAUUCUGCCAUUCCUUAUCUUACUGCUUUGGGUGACUUCCUUGGUACUGGACUCUUAGCCAUCGCAUUCCAGUUUCUCUAUCUCAUUGGGGAUGGUGACAGUGAUGUGGGAGAUUAAGUGCUUGGGUAAAUGAGUUUUGAUGAUUUGUUUAUGAUUGUAGUUUCAAUUGCAGGAUAUACAGUUAACAGUGCUUCAAGUCAAUUUUAUUGAUUUAAAAAAUGGCCAGUACAUUUUGUGAUUCAGAGUCUGGGAUUUCUGAAUAAAUCCUUUGUGUUUGUACAGGAAUGAUGAAACUGAUAUAAUGUUUACUUUUUAUUGUUAGAGCAGCUGAGAAUCUUUAUCUUUAUUGUUAAUGGUUUACACAUGUACAUAUGUGUGUAUGUAUGUAAAUAUUUGAAGCGUAAUAAUUGUUUCAUUUAGCUGUGUGGAACUUACCUAUAUCUGAAAGCCUCUUUAUCAGGGAUCAGUUCAUCAGCCAUAUGUGCCAUCUUUCGUAUAACAUGGUAGGUUACUCUAUACCAUUGUAAAUUUGAUAAUUUACUGGUUUUUAUUACUCUAUUUUGUUCUUUCUAGUCUCAUUUAGUAACUGGAUCAAUGUGAUUGAUGCAGGAUACUAUGUACUUGAGAAUGCAAUGGAAUCAUGCUGUGUUGUAUAUUAACAAUUUUGUGUGAUCAAAAUUGUUGUCUUAUUGGCCCCAAAUACUUUCAGCAGUGUCUGUCAGUGUUGACUUAUGUAUACAUUCUGCUGUAACUACAUUGUUUUAUAGGAAUAUAAUAAGUGUUCUUCACUUAAAACUCUUCAAAAGUACCUACUCAAGUUAAAAACUAUUACCCAUUAACUCUGGCAAGAAAAAGCACCUACUUAAAUCAGUUUUAGGUGGUGUAGAAUAGUGAGCUAUUCAUUAAUAAUAUUUGCAUUUUCUCGUUGUUGCAAUUUUCUGUGAUUUACAUAAGUUUGACUGCCAUUCCAAAGGCACCUAAGUCUAAAACCACAAACUACUAAAUAGCUUUUUGCUGUAGGUAGUGUAAGAGAGUAUUUUAAGGGUGCAAAGAAAAUGAAGUCAGAAUUGUUGCCAAAAAAAAUAAUAAAUAAAAGAUUUAAGUGUAUCCAAAUUUGUAAUGUAGGCCAAUUGCACAAACCAUCUGUCCGUCCGUCUGUCCAUCUGUCCAUAUGUGAUACCUAAAAGGCUCAUUGUGUUUCAUUAUUAUCAAUCAACUUUCGUUUCAUAAAUAUUUUUCUCAUGGCUCUAUGAGUAAAUCAUUAAAUGUCUGUUGUAAAUAGCAGGGCCUAAUCAAGUUUCAGCCACUUUUCCGAAAGUAAAUUUAAGCGUAAUUUUAUAACAAAUCACUUCAAUAUUGUAAAUACUUUUCAAUCCAUUGUCCUUGUUGUGCAUUCCUUGCUUAGUGGAUAUAAAAUAUUUUAUUUAAGCAUGGCACAACUUAUUUGACCAUCAGCUUGCUUUUAAUGUUUUUUUAUUUGUGCUUUUGUGCAAAAGAGACUAUUGCACUUCCACUAAACAAUAAUUGUGCAUUAUUACAAUAGUUCUAGUUCUGUAUAUAUAUAUGUAGAUAUUAUUGAACUUAUUGUUAAGCUAGCAAAAGAGGUGUUGGUAAAAUCUCACAAGUCCUGAGAUUCAGUAACAUUUCUGUUUCAAAAUAAGUAGCAUUGAGGUAAAGAAUGAAAAAGAAUAACAGGCAUUGGGUGAUAUUGAUCUCAGAACAUGUGAAAUUGCUUGCACAUGUAAAUACUAGAUUGUAAAUAAUUUGCAAUAUUUUUAAACAGUAAAUUAAUUUUUAUGUGACUGGCUGUAACAUGGACUCGCACUUUGUUGCAAAAACUGAAGUGUGGUGGGAAUGAAAGCUGAUGAUCUAAUUUUUGCAGAUCAGUGCACAAAAAGUAAACUGCAUGGCACGUGACAGUUUAAAAAUUUAAUUUAUUUCUAUGUGUUCUAUUUUUUUGUGCUAGAUGCCUAGUGAUCAGGUUACUGCAGAGGUUUCUAGUAAUUUAAGUAGGAAUGCAAUAAGGUAAUGGGGAACCCCUCACAUUUUCUUACUCCCCUGGCACAAUUAUCACUAUAUUACGUACCAGUGUGGACCAGCCAAAAAUCUGUAGGCAUGUUUAUCAUGUUGAUUAAGCAAUACUUCAUGGGUUGGGGAAAAGUAAUUGCUGGUUUGCUGGUAGAGAAAGUUGAUGACAUCCCAUAAUUCAUACUGUAGUAUAGGAAGAUGGGAGUUGUUAGUUAAUGUGUAGGAUGCUGUUGUGAAUUGUGAGUAAAUUAUAUUGUAUUGCAAGCUAGAUAAAAAUGUAAAAUUUUUGCACUUCUAGUUUGUUUGUUUUCUUUGUUGAUCUGCACCACUGUCAACUGAAAGAAGAGCUUUUUCCCACCAGUUGUAAAACUUAUUUGGUACUAUCAAUUUCAACUAUUUUAUUGUAAAUUUGAUCAAUAUAUAACCUGUCAGUUAUUUUGUCUGGUAAUGUCAAAAAUAUAUUUACAAAGAAUAAUUUGAUGAAUUUGAAAUUAAUCUAAAUGGUGAUGUUUUCAGCAGACUUGUAUGUACUGCAGGACAUGACUAUUCACUCCACUAUUGGGAGGGAUGCUUUUAGUAUUUUGGGGUAAAAUCCCAAAGAUAUUUUUAUCACUAGUAGUCAACUGAAUUGUGCCUAUACAUUGGACAGUUUUGGCCUGUUCCAAGGUUUUAUCGAUAUUAAAAUAUCUUGUAGAUAUACUACCUUUAAAUUUCUGACCUAAAACAUUAUAACAAUGGCUCACAGGAGUGGUCACUGUACAAAUAUUUAUGGUAACAAUGCAUUUAUAAUGAAAUGUCUUUUUUAUGACUUGGGGCAAUCAGCGUUUUUGUGUUCCCAGAAAAUUUAAUUUACUUUACUGUGUGAAACAUUUGUUAUAUAUAUUCCACUGGGAAGGUACUUGCAAGAACUAGAUGGUCUGUUAUUGUAGACUUUGUAUAAAGUUUUCCUAUAUAUCAUGUAAUGUUUUUUGUGUGAAUCCAACUGAAGGAAUGAAAGUGCCAAAUUAUAUAUUGCUCAUUUCUCUCUAAAUUUUGUCCCUUGCUCAUUCCAUAUCACUAUCCAAUGUGAUCAUUUCCUAUUCUCUUGCAAUAAUAAUGCAAUUUUAAUUUUCAUCUGUGAUGUACUUUAUUUCCCUCAUAUCUAUAUUCCUAUCCUGGACACAUUACAUUUUGUGUACUACUUCUAUUCCUGGAAAUUGUUCUUAAGAAAUUUUUUUUUUUUUUUU